AUGGCAGCACUUCAAUACAACUGCGAUGCGGGACUUGCAAAGGCUCCUACCUUCCACCCGAGCCUGUGGGGUGAUUUCUUCCUGACAUACCAGCCGCCAACUGCCCCUCAGCAUGCAUACAUGAAAGAGCGAGCUGGGCAGUUAAAGGAAGAAGUUAGGGAGAUUAUAAAGGGCACAAAUGAACUACCAAAAAUACUGGAUCUUAUAGUCACACUGCAACGGCUUGGACUAGAUAACCACUAUGAGAUCGAGAUUGAUGAGCACCUGUGCUCUGUUUACAAUUCUAGUUACGACGUUAAAGAUCUGAAUUUGGUUUCACUGCGCUUUUAUCUUCUAAGGAAGCAUGGUUAUGAUGUGUCAUCUGAUGUGUUUCUAAAUUUCAAAGACAAGGAAGGAAAUUUUGCUUCUGAUGAUAUCAGAAGUCUUUUGAGCUUAUAUAAUGCAUCAUACCUUAGAACUCAUGGCGAGGAAGUACUUGAUGAAGCCAUUAUAUUCACUAGAAGCCACCUUGAAGCCACAUUGACCUCGUUAGAAUCCAAAUUAGCAGAUGAAGUCUCUCUGACCCUUCAAACGCCUCUCUUCCGGAGGGUUAAAAUACUGGAAACAAGGAACUAUAUCCCUAUUUACGAAAUGGAGCCCUCACGGAAUGAAGCCGUGUUAGAGUUUGCAAAACUGAACUUCAACCUCCUUCAAAUUCUUUAUUGCGAGGAGUUGAAAACAGUCACAGCGUGGUGGAAGCAGCUUAAUGUUGAAACAGAUUUAAGUUUUAUUCGAGACAGAAUAGUUGAAAUGCAUUUCUGGAUGGCAGGAGCAUGCUCUGAGCCCAAAUAUUCUCUUUCACGAGUUAUACUAACGAAAAUGACAGCCUUUAUCACCAUACUAGAUGAUAUAAUUGACACCCACAGUACAACAGAGGAGGGCAAGCUGCUUGUCAAAGCGAUAGACAGGUGCAGUCAAGACGCGGUUGAAAUACUUCCAGACUACAUGAAGGACUUCUACCUGUUUUUAUUGAAGACAUUUGAUUCUUGUGAGGAUGAGCUAGGACCAAACAAAAGAUAUCGGGUGUUUUAUCUCAAAGAAAUGUUAAAGAUAUUGGUCCGAGGAUACUCUCAGGAGAUAGAAUGGCGUGAUGAACAUUACGUUCCUGAAACAAUUGAUAAACAUCUUGAAAUUUCAAGAGUGACUGUUGGAGCUUUUCAAUUGGCAUGUUCUUCAUUUGUUGGGAUGGGUGACAUCAUAACAAAGGGAGUUCUCGAUUGGCUUUUGACAUAUCCAGAACUUCUCAAGUGUUUCACAACGUUUGUACGACUAUCCAAUGAUAUUACAUCAACAGAGCGUGAGCAAACUGGAGGGCAUCAUGCUUCUACUGUUCAAUGUUAUAUGUUGCAGCAUAGUACAACGAUGCAUGAUGCAUGUGAGAAGAUAAAGGAUUUAAUUGAAGAUUCAUGGAAGGAUAUGAUGCAACUCUACCUUACACCAACAGAACAGCCAAAGGUUGUGGCACAGACAGUUGUUGACUUUGCAAGGACGGGGGAUUACAUGUACAAGAAAACUGAUGCAUUCACUUUUUCCCAUACAAUCAAAGAUAUGAUAGCAUUACUGUAUGUGGAGCCAAUAUUGUUCUAA